AUGGCGCUGCGGAGCCUGCUGCUGCUGCUGCUGCUUUCGCUGGAGUCCCUGGACCUGCUGUCCGGCGCUCACGCCGCCCGCGGCCGCGCUGCCAACCGGACCCUGAGCUCCGGCGCCGCUGCCGUCGGGGGCCGGCGGCCCGGGGGCGCCCUGGCCCGGGGCGGCCGCGAGCUGAACGGCACCGCCCGGGCGCCUGGAGUCUCGGAGGCGGGGAGCCGGCGGGGACAACCCGCGGCGGCGGUAGCGGCGGCGGCGGCGGCCAGCGCGACAGUCACCUACGAGACGUGCUGGGGCUACUACGACGUGAGCGGCCAGUACGACAAGGAGUUCGAAUGUAACAACAGCGAGAGCGGUUACCUGUACUGCUGCGGCACCUGCUAUUACCGCUUCUGCUGCAAGAAGCGCCACGAAAAGCUGGACCAGCGCCAGUGCACCAACUACCAGAGCCCCGUGUGGGUACAGACGCCCAGCACCAAGGUAGUGUCGCCAGGGCCCGAGAACAAGUAUGACCCCGAGAAGGACAAGACCAACUUCACCGUCUACAUCACUUGCGGGGUGAUUGCCUUCGUCAUCGUGGCCGGAGUCUUCGCUAAGGUCUCCUAUGAUAAGGCCCACCGCCCUCCGCGGGAGAUGAACAUCCACAGGGCUCUGGCUGACAUCUUGAGACAACAGGGACCAAUCCCCAUAGCACACUGUGAAAGAGAAACUAUCUCGGCUAUCGAUACCUCUCCCAAAGAGAACACUCCGGUCAGAUCAUCCUCCAAAAACCACUACACCCCUGUGCGUACGGCCAAGCAGACCCCAGGGCAUUAUGGGAAGGAUGCUUACCGAAGUGGAGGACCCGAUCUCCAUAACUUCAUCUCAUCUGGAUUUGUCACGUUAGGAAGAGGACACACGAAGGGUACAGUGGAAACCAUUUUUUACUAAAAAAUACAGAGGUUGCCUAGGGAACCCCAGUCUGAAAAUUGGAAGAUGGUAUGGAGGCCAGAGGCUUGGUCCAAGACAGGAAGGAGUAAGUGGGGUGGUUCCAUGGCAGCUUGUCCUGGGCACGUGCGUGGCUUCUGACAGGAGUGACCAGGAGGUCACAGGUGUGACUUUAGAGGUCAAUAGACUUCUGAGAGACGUCCAUCCUGUUCUGCCCAUGGCGGGGGAACAGGACUGAGAUGCUCAUGGCUCCCCGUGGGAAGGGACCACAAACAGCGUGGUGGGAAACACUACCAAUGGAUGUGGCAGCAUUUGACAAGUGUAUGUUUGCCGCUCGGGGCUGUUAUUCCCCUUCUACUCGAAAGUCCCAUUCUAUAUACCCUGAUGUCAAUGUCCUGUACUGUGGGUUUCUAAGCCAGCGUGCAUGUGGAGAGUUUCAGCAUCCUAAGUGUGUUUCUGUAAAACUCUAUGAUGUGGACCCAAAGCUAGAGGUGGCGCAGACCUUCCUGCUGCAAGAUGAAAGCUCACCUACAGUUCUGUGAGCUGCUUUAAGACCUAGCUGACAGCUUGCAGAGCAUCUGGGCAGGGGGUCUGGAAUCCUCCUCCACUCUCUCUUUUGUUUAAACAACCUUCCUACUAGUGUUGUGAGCAUUCUGUCACCUCAAGAGUAACUGGAUCCCUAACUCCUUGAUUACCUUCCCAACACCUGUGUGCUGUUAUCCACCAAAUGUGAAUCCUGUUGUCGGGGGAGUAUAUCCCUGUCUUCCUCUGAAAUAUGUGUCUGUUCCCAGUGUGAGUGAACAAGGAACUUUGCAAUAUUUUCUUACAUUCCAUGCAUCUACUUUUUAAAUCCUUCUGUGAUGUUUGUUCAUCCUAUAGAGAAAAACAAAUCUGUAUCUGUGUAUGUACUUUCUGUUGUGUCUAUUUGUGUCUAAAUAAAGUUUAUUAAGGAUACAGGUGGCAUUUCUGGCUACGAAAAGUUGCAGAAUUAAAUCGGGACCGACCAAGGGAAACGGGUUGCACGGUUAACCACUGGGAAAUACAAUCUUAGAGACACUCGGAUCAACUUGAACCUGGGGUUGCAAGCCCCCAUGUUAUUUGCUUCAUAAUAAUUACCCAUCACUGUGAAACAGAUCACUCUAAAACUUAGCAUCUUAAAACAACAAUAAAUAUUUAUUACCUCCUAUAGUUUCUAUGGGUUGGAAAUGUGGGUGCUUCUGAAUUGAGGGGGGUGUCUCUCCUGAAUUUGCAAUCACAGUGUCUGGCGGGGUUGCGUCAUCUGAAGGCUUGACUAGAGCUAGUGUAUGUGAUUCCAAGAUGGGUCACUCACAUGGUGCUGGUCAUCGGCAGGGGGCCUCUGCCUCCCUCCCUCCCUGUGACCUUCGUCUCCAUGGGUUACUUGAGUGUUUUCCGUGGUAUAGUGGCUAGGUGAUCCAAGAAAGAGAAAGUCACAUGCCACAAUGUCUUUCGUGACCAAGCCUAUUGUUUACACACCAUUAUUUCAUAAUAUCUGACAGGUUACACAAGCCAGCUCCCUUCAGGAUGGGAGGUAGCUCUACAGGGACAGGGACAAGAACAUCAAGAGCUGACAAACACUGGGGCCAUUUUGGAGGUGGGCUUUCUCAUACCUACAAACCAUGGGGUGGAGCUACAAAUCUGGAUUUUUCAAACAGAACCCAGCAACUCUUACCAAGACCUCUCAACUGCCCGGUUCCCCACCGUUAUCCCUACCCCUUGUAGGUGGUUCACCCUGAAACAUCAAAUGGUCCAAGCAAUAGAACUCUUUGUAGUUGAUAAAUAUUUAAGAGGUCUACUGUAUGCUAAGGAAUAAUCAAAAGUAAACAACAUAGAAUCCAUCCUUAUGGAGAACUCACAUUCCACUGGGAGAUACUGACAAAAUAAAUUCUUGACAGUAAGUGCAAGGAGAAGAAUUAAAGCUGGUAAGAUUAUAGGGAGUGCUGUGGCGGAGAGCUACUCUGGACAGAUAAGGGGAUCAUUG